UCGGUGUCGUACGCUGUCAAAAUCGCUCCCCCGGCAAUUGCAGGAAAUGCGCUUUCCCGUCGUAUAGUUUAACUCACGUGUUUUCGGUGUCGCUCGGCCCAGUUGUAAUCAGUCAUGGAUUCCAAGCUGUCAGAAAACGAGUCGGCUCGUCCCUUGAGACGCUCUGCGAGACAUGCAUCCGGUAAAGCACUGGGCUGUGAGCCGACCCCCAGGGGUCCGCUGAAGAGGACCAAAAAGAGUUCAGAAAGCCCGGAUCCUCCCGCGGCUGUCAACGGCUCCGGAGAUAAGGACAACGGCUCCGAGGACGAAGGGCACUUUGAACGACCUUUCAUGUCCUGCACCACAGAGUCCCCUCGCAAGAAGGGCCGGCUGGAGACUGGAGGGGCGGUGGGCGGCGGUGGCGAUGAGAAUGAGAUGGAUGUCCAGCAGUCGACUAGUCAAGACCAGGACAUGGACACGGAGAGGCAGGAAUCCUCACAUGGCAGUCAUCCACCCAAAAUAUCCCACGGCACCACUGGAGAUGUCAAUUAUUUCCCUCGUGUUGUGCUCCGUGAAUGCGGCCGAUCGCAUGCUGCAAAUGAAGAUGCAGACUUGAUGAAAGCCAAAAGAGUAAACCCAUCAACCAAAGGAUCUUCAGCCCCCACCAAGUCUGCUGUGCAAAUCAGAUCCCUGGUAAAUAGCCAUGAUGUGCCAAUUCUCAAUACCAGCAUGGCUGAGUACAAGAGUAGGAUGGAGGCCAUAGCCAAAAGAUCUGGGUAUAUACCCACAGUCAACAACGUUACCCCAAAGGGGUUUCCACCCUCAGAGAAAUACUGCACAACGCGUCAACGUUUGAAACACAUUCCAAUUAAAAAAGAACCAGUUCAGCAAAAGAAACAAGAAAGAAAAAAGAAAACAGAUGUCAUCAAAAAAAGCUCCACACAUUCUUCUCGAGGUUUCAUGUGGUAUUUUGGGUGUUUGGUUCUCCUGGUGCUGCUCAGUUCUGCUCUCUUGCUGGCGUACAAGAAAAUCCCUGUUCUCCGAAGGGUCGCAGAUCGUGGAGGGCAUUUAUCCAGGGCUGUACAGCCAGAUUUGUUUGCAGAUCAGUUAUCACGUCUUGAGGCUAAAUUCCCCAGUCAGCGGCCUGAGUUGUGGAGGAGGAGCAAGAUACACCUAGAGAAGCACCUGAGAACAGCCCAGCCCAAGGAGCCGGUGAGUCUGAUCUUCACUGCUGGCCGCGGUGCUGAGAGCACGCUGCGCUGCCUCGCUCAGGGCCUGGCCUCCGCCUUCUCGUCUGCUCUCAAUGCUUCUGUCCUCCAAAUCGAUGGAGUCAGCAAAGCCAGCCAGGACAGCAAUGAAGUAAAGCUGGACAUUGACGGCCAACUGAAGGAAGCCUUUGAAGGUGACAAACCUGUGGCAGUCAUUCAUCGCCUCGAGGAGCUGCCUCCAGGCUCUACCCUCAUUUUUUAUCGCUACUGUGACCACGAAAACGCUGCGUACAAGCAGGUGUUCUUGUUGUUUACUGUACUACUGCCUCAGGAUGAGGUCAGCAGUGAGCAGAGCCUGAAAGGUGUGGAGGAGAUGGUGCAGGACUAUGUUAAGGAAAGGCUGGUGGGCUCCAGUGGCCGAACUUCCUUCAGUGAGAUGGACGUUAACAAGUACAGUGGACUGUGGAGCCGCAUUUCGCACCUUAUCUUGCCCGUGGCUUCUGAGAAGGAAGUAGAGCAGAAAGGAUGCUGAUGGACCAAGCUGGCAUACCAGAAGAAAAAGUCAGGAUACCACUUUGGACCAUCCUGAUCCUUCCUGGCAUUGCGCAGGAGCUAUUACACAAAAGUUAACAAUGGAAUACAACUCGUGUGCUGUGAUAUUUUACAUAUAGACUUGAUUUGAAAUAGCUGGAAGUUGUUAGAAUCUCUCUCUGUCAGAGAUAAGAUUGUACUCAAGCUGCUGUUCAAUGUCUGAUUCAGUUCAACUCUAAGAUGUUCAGCGCAGUUUAAAACAAAAUGUGUUGGUGUACAGUACAAACUUUGCAUUAGGAUUAAGCAAUUGUUGCACCAUCAUUCCACUUUCGAAGGAGGGGAUUUGGAGCAUAUUCUCAGGCAGAUUUAACAUAUGACAAGAUAUAGAGCACUUCUAGAACACGGUUUAACUGUGUUUCAAUGGACAUGUCCAAACUAAGAAGGAUUUCUGUUGCAUGGUCAGCAUGGAUUUCACAAAAAAAGUCACAUUUCUUUGAUCUGUACCAAAUCUCAGAGAACACUAACACUGGCGUGCUUUAUAUUUCUGUUAAAUAUGUCUCCAUGGAGAUAUGUCCCUUCAUUGAAUUAUUUUAUGCACACAAUUGGAUCCGUUUUGCACUACAAAGGUUGAUUUUUCAUUAGCUAGACAUCUAAUCAGGGGUACUGGCUUUUAAAAAGAUAAAUAUUUUAUAUUCUAUGUUUUGUGUGAAUUUGUAUAUUUGUGCUAUUGCUGUCUGUCUUUUUCCUAAAUUUGAUGUGUAUAUAUAUAUAUAUAUAUAUAUGUAUAUAGGAUGUAAAAAGGUUUGUGCAAGAAAAUGCACUUGCAAUAUUGUCAACUUAAAAAACACAGGUUCUGAAUUUAUAUAAAUAUUUUGACAGAAUAUGACUCAAAUGUGCCUUAAACACUCGCAUGGAGAAGAUAACAUUAUAUUUGGAAAGCACCGAAACGCGUCCAUCAUUUAACACUGUGUCUUGGCGACAAGGUCAGAAUUCAAACAAGCUUUUCUUGCUAAUAGACUUUUCACAUUUCUGCUAAUUUGAAUCAUAAAGUGUUCUCUCCCCUGAUAUCACUCAUUCCUCUAAUGUUCUUAUUCUGAGCAGAAUUUUGUGUUGCUCAUAUGAAGACCUGGAUGUUUUCAAUAAAGAUUAUUUUGAUACCUAGAA